CUGACUCAGACUGCUCUCGCCACACGCCCCGAGGGCAGCCGGGCGUGGCCUAGGAGCCUGUCAGGUGUGCGGGGACGCAGCCCCGCUCUCGCUGCGACUUCCUCACCAGUCGCUCAGAAACAGGUGCGGCUCCGCUCUCCUGCCAGCCUUACCACGUCUCUUCCCACGGAAACAUCCAGGACACUCGGACGGUCUGUAAGAGAGGAUCACUGUGAGCCGUGUGCUGGGAUUGAAGCGUUGGAAAGUGAGCUCUUGUGUGCUGAGAGAUUCCGCGGGCUUUCUCAAGGAGAAUCUCCCUGCUGAAUGAGGACACCCCACCAAAGCCUGCAGCGUACAAACUAACUGCAUGGUCCAUGGACUGUAGUACCCAUUCUCUGAGAUAUCAGAUCACAAGCUCCUAAGACGAGCUAGCAAGUAGAUUUUUAGGCAGGUGGGAUUUCGCCAGUUUGACACUGUCCUGUUCCGCCCUCUGACUCCCGGACAAGGAGCCAUGAACCUCUGCCUGGACAACCCCUACGGAGAUGUUACCAUCCCGCGGGCGAAGCUGCGGUCCCCGGAGGACUCCUCCACAGUCUUCACCAACCCCCUGGCCCUCGACAGCGCGCAGUCCAACCGCAACUCCGCACUCAACCCUUACGGCAAUUUCAGGCCCUCUGGCGAGGACCCGUCUGGAACCGGGCUCCAGUCCCAGGACAAGUCCACCCAGAACGCCUCGCCCUACCAGGGGAACUACACCGUCAAGGAGGAAGAGGAGGAGGUCGGCCGCUGCUACUCCUGCUGCCGCCGCUGCCGGAAGAAGUGAGCCUUGACCCCCCCCCCACCCCGGGUGGAUUUCGCGGCUGUGAGAAUGGUGGGGUUCAGAGGAGCUCUGGAUUGGACUGGUUUUCCCUGCUGCUUUCCUUGAAGUUGGGAACACUUUGGAAGUGGGCCUCUUCUGGGAACGCUCUGCUUCGGCACUGUACUCUGCAACUUGAGCCUGAAUCAAUAGGGGCCACAGCCUCACACCCUCGACCCAAUCCUAUAAUCAUAGAAUCAGGCUAAAAUGACACGGGAAUUGAGUUGAUUGAUGUACCUUGUAAGCUACAGUAUGUUUCAUUUAGCCAUUGUAUUUUUGUCCCCCGUUCCCAUUUUUGGCCACAUGUGGCCUGAAUUGUGAGCUCUGUGUUACCUCAAGAGAACGCUUGACAGGGAGCGCACUUUGAGUCCCAUCAUGCACCUCACUGGCUUGCUGGGAGUGGCCGAGUUUCCAUGACAAAAGGCAGGCACUGCACAGAACUGAGGCCUCAUUCACAGCUUUGGAGUUCUUUGUCUUUAUUAUCAUGCUGACGAUUCAUAAAAUGGUUUCAGCUGUGAAAGUGUGAGGAAACUAAAGGGUAGGAUCAGUUUCUAUGGGCCUGAGUAAUCAGUCCAAUCUGUGAAACACGCUCGACAGGACCAUCCAUUUGGUAUGCAACUGCAAGGCGGCCUAAGCGGUGACCCCUGACCUCUCGUCUCUCUUGUCAUGGAUGAAUUCAGAUGAGGUGAAGGCCUGAACAUCUUCUGAGUUAUCACACUACUUUCUGACUCAUUUGUUUGAAUUUUAAGCAAAGCCACAGUGCAGUUUUGCUCAGUUUAACCCACCCUGCCGCUAGGCAUUCUUCUAACUGUUUAGACGCAAGGUUCUUGAGAACAGGGGUCCACCAACCCCAGAGGGCCAGCAGGCUGCCUGCUCCUCUGCUUUCAGAGGGGAGGUUGCACAUGUCCUGUCUCUGGAUCUGCUCGUUCUGGUUCCCUUCAUAUCCAGGGGGGGGGAAAGUGAGGCGUUUGCCUGGAUAGAACUUCUCAGAUCUGCCAUCAUGGAAGCAUUUGGUUCUCCUCUGGCAGAACCUGAACCCGGUACCGUAGGUAUGUGAGCCCCCGCAGGUCACUGGGAUCUAAAGGAUGAAUACAUAAAAGCACUGUAUAUGUACACCGCUUUUAUUAUUUUGUAUUAGACAUCAACAAAAUAAAAUGAUCCAAAUACCAGAAAUAUGGCUGGCUUUUAUUUCAAAAAUUCCAAAUAGGAUGGAAUUGAAUUGUAUCCGUGUCUUUUGCUUUAUUGUUAUUUCAUUAAAACAAUAAAGUAAUAAUGUUCUCAUAAAACAGAAACAAAAAUGAAACCAUUUUGAAACUAUGGAUCUUUAUGCUAAGCAUUCCAAUAAUUCCGUGCCCAGUUUCACUCAUUUAUGACAUCAUGUUGUGGCAGGUGUGACCUAGGUAGCUGCACUACUGUGGGCCAACUGCACCAGUACAGGUUCUUACUGAUGUCAGAUCAGCUGACUCAUCCUCAAUCUCAACCCCACCCACUUUGUGCAAAACAUAUGUCACCAUGUUAGCAGCCUGCUAUGGGCAGGGCCGGGUGUCCAAGCCUGCAGUCACUGCUGUUCGCAAUGCAAAUAAACUGGUUCUGUCUCAAUCUGUGUUCUCUGGUAGAAACCUCAGAAACACACUUGCAUGAGCUUGCAAGAGUUCUUCCCGAACACCUCUGUCUCUGUGCUUGUACUCGCUGUAAUAAUCAUAUUCAUAAUUUUAAUCAGUGGAAUUGAAAGCAUGUUUCAGGACCAUUUUUAAUAUGAAUUUUUCUCUAGCACACCAGCCAAUCCUUGCCAUUUGAUUUGUGCAACUGAGCAUGGCAACAAUGUUUCUGUAAUGCAUUUUAAUGCUGAGGAUUCUUCCUGUAUAUGAUAUUUUUGUUGUCUUUACCUUGCUAAUCUUGUUGUCAUUUGUCCUACUAUAUAUAUGCGUCAUUACAAAUUUUAUUAUGUUUUCCUAGUGUACAGUUUAAAAUAGUAACAACAUAUGAAUACCUUUUGGUAAUAUGUAUAGGAUCUAUUUCAUACAGCAUUUACUGUAUUUAAAUGCUGAGAAAAUUUACUUGGAAUUUGGAGCCACUUUAAAAUGGGAUCACAUGAACAUAUAAAAGCUGUCCUGUCAGUAAGCCA